UGUUUAUGCGAUCAGCUGUUCCAAGAUGGCGUCCACACGAACUAUCCGGGCUGCUGCGAGACAAGUAAAACCCAUUUUAUCCGUCGACCAGGGAGAGGCGAGGAAACGUGUACUUAAUCUGUAUAAAGCUUGGUAUCGUCAGAUUCCUUACAUCCUGAUAGACUACGAUUUCCCCAAGUCAAAGGAACAGUGCAGGGAGAAGCUGCGUGAGGAGUUCGAGAAGCAUCGUCAUGUGCAGGACAUUCGCGUCAUAGACAUGUUGGUCAUCAAGGGCCAGAUGGAGCUGAAAGAAACUGUGGAGAUCUGGAAGCAGAAACAUGGCCUCAUGGCCUACUGGCGGGACAGUGUCGACCCCAAGCCCAAGGACUUCCUCAGCAAGUUCUUAGAUGGUCAUGAUUAAAAGAGAGCUAACAUUUAUGUUUAAAAUUUAGAUGUUUUUUAACCUCAAUGAUGUGAAUUUUGAUUUUUUUUCUUGAUCUUAAAGAACUCUGUUACUGACUGUAACUUGGAAAGAAAAGGUGAUAAUAUCCUUUCCUAUGUUGAAAGAAAACUCUCUGGGGUCCUAAAUUUACAAUGUAAAUACAUCACCUCUGUAGAUAUUUAUAUUAAAAGAGUAAGCCAUA